AUGUUCGACUAUCUCCGUGAUUGGGAUGUCACAUUUUCUCUUAUCACAUUUUUAAUAAGUUUUGCUCUGGAUGCUCUUGGCUUAUACGUUGAUGAUUUGCUGUUACCAGCUUCAGAAUUAAUGAGGAACCCACGAUAUGGUGAACAAGUCUUGGAAAGGACGACAGGGAGAGAUCAAAAGCCUUCGACAUGCUCGCACAGGCCAGGAUGGAUUAGGCGGUCUUCGCUCGCAUGGCCCUCGGAAGAGCCUUGGGGGAUGUACGGGCUUAUGUACUGA